AUGAUACCACGUCAGGAUAAUGAGGAGACUCCCCUUCUGCAACAGCCAGAGCAGCCGAUGGCAUCUAAGACACCUCUGCCCUGGGAUCAGUUCUGGAUCAUAUUGGUUUUGCAUUUUUUUACCCUUGCCCCAUUCACCCCCCAACUAAUCAGAGACAUUGGCGUGACGAAUGGAGUCGAACAACAGGUUGGAUACUAUGUCAGCUUCCUGGUGAGCAUCACUUAUCGUACCAUGUCCCUCAAACACUGGCUCCAACUGUCUGAUCACAUUGGGCGGAAGCCUGUAAUACUCAUCGCUUCAUUCGCGAUAGCGACUACCAUGUUGUCGUUUGGGCUGUCAAGAACCUUUCUCGGUCUGCUGGUCAGUCAUGUUAUCUGCAGGGCAUUCAAUGGGGAAAAUGGUGUCAUCAAAAGUAUGAUGAUGGACAUGACUGACGCAACCAAUUUGCCAAAGGCAUACAGAUACAUCCCACUCCCAUUAAUGUUAGCCAGCAUCGUUGGGUAG